GCGGCGCCUGGGCCCUCAGAUCGAGGCUGCCUCCCCCUCUCAGCCGGCAGCACAUUCCGCCGCCGUUGCCGCCGCCCGGCCCCGCAGUUGUCUUUGCCGGAGCUGCAGUCGUGCCGGGGUGAGAGCGGGAGGGCGGGCGGGGAGAGGAGGAGAGCGCCGAGGUGGAGGCAAGUGAGAGGAGGAAGGAAGCGGCAGCGCGGCGGGCAUAGCAGCUGAGGCGGCGGCCCGGUUCCUGGGAGUGUCGGUGCGGCGCGGUGGUUGGGGCGGAUCCCGCGGGGCCCGGGCGGGGGAAGGAGUCACCGGCCCGGCCAUGGCGGACAACGAGAAACUGGACAACCAACGGCUCAAGAAUUUCAAGAACAAAGGCCGCGACUUGGAGACUAUGAGAAGACAACGGAAUGAAGUUGUAGUUGAAUUAAGGAAGAAUAAAAGAGAUGAACAUCUCUUAAAGAGAAGAAAUGUACCACAUGAAGACAUCUGUGAAGACUCUGAUAUAGAUGGUGAUUAUAGAGUGCAAAAUACCUCUCUAGAAGCUAUUGUACAAAAUGCUUCAAGUGAUAACCAAGGAAUUCAAUUAAGUGCAGUUCAAGCUGCUAGGAAGCUUUUGUCCAGUGAUCGAAAUCCACCAAUUGAUGACUUAAUAAAAUCUGGAAUAUUGCCUAUAUUAGUCCAUUGUCUUGAAAGAGAUGACAAUCCUUCUUUACAGUUCGAGGCUGCAUGGGCUUUGACAAACAUUGCAUCUGGAACCUCAGAACAAACUCAAGCAGUAGUUCAGUCCAAUGCUGUGCCACUUUUCCUGAGGCUUCUCCAUUCACCCCAUCAGAAUGUCUGUGAGCAAGCCGUGUGGGCACUGGGAAAUAUCAUAGGUGAUGGGCCCCAAUGUAGAGAUUAUGUCAUAAGUCUUGGAGUUGUGAAACCCUUACUUUCCUUCAUAAGUCCAUCUAUUCCUAUAACAUUUUUAAGAAAUGUUACUUGGGUUAUGGUCAACUUAUGUCGCCACAAAGACCCACCACCACCAAUGGAAACCAUUCAGGAGAUUCUUCCAGCCCUUUGUGUUUUAAUUCAUCACACAGACGUAAAUAUUUUGGUAGAUACAGUCUGGGCCCUGUCUUACCUUACUGAUGCUGGCAAUGAACAAAUACAAAUGGUAAUAGAUUCUGGAAUAGUUCCUCAUUUGGUUCCUCUACUCAGUCACCAAGAAGUUAAAGUUCAGACUGCUGCACUUAGGGCUGUGGGCAACAUUGUUACUGGAACUGAUGAGCAAACACAAGUAGUUUUGAACUGUGAUGCUCUUUCACACUUCCCAGCACUCCUGACACAUCCCAAAGAGAAAAUUAAUAAAGAAGCUGUGUGGUUCCUCUCUAACAUCACUGCAGGAAAUCAGCAGCAGGUUCAGGCAGUAAUUGAUGCCAAUCUGGUACCAAUGAUAAUACACCUUUUGGAUAAGGGGGAUUUUGGCACUCAGAAAGAAGCUGCUUGGGCCAUAAGUAACUUAACAAUUAGUGGAAGGAAAGAUCAAGUGGCCUACCUUAUCCAACAAAAUGUUAUCCCACCUUUUUGCAACUUGCUGACUGUAAAAGAUGCACAAGUUGUGCAAGUAGUACUCGAUGGACUAAGUAAUAUAUUAAAAAUGGCUGAAGAUGAGGCAGAAACCAUAGCCAAUCUUAUAGAAGAAUGUGGUGGUCUGGAGAAAAUUGAACAACUUCAAAAUCAUGAAAAUGAAGACAUCUACAAAUUGGCUUAUGAGAUCAUUGACCAGUUCUUCUCUUCAGAUGAUAUUGAUGAAGAUCCCAGCCUUGUUCCAGAGGCAAUUCAAGGUGGAACAUUUGGUUUCAAUUCAUCUGCCAAUGUACCAACAGAAGGGUUCCAGUUUUAGAAAGAUGUUGUGGAAGUUAGGUACAAUGCAGCACUGAGAUAUAUAUAUAUAUAUACAUAUAUAUAAAAAGGUUUGAUCCAUCAAGCUUGGCUCAUGGGAUCUGCUGCUGCAUUAAAUCGGGAAAGAAAAUGUGAAGAUUUCAUUUGGAAUCACAGAAAAUGCCCAAAUGAGGUCAAGAUGGCGAGUGGGUGCGAGUGAGAAUGAGUGGCAAAAUGUAACGAAAACUUUACAUGAAUGCUUAUUUAGGUUGUUCAAAGUAAAAAGGGCUACAGGUCACAGAUCUUCAGUGCCUGAGAAGGAACAUUGACUUACUCUUAUCAAUUGAGGAGAAAGUGCAGUACUGUCAUCUUAAGCCUUGUAAGCAUAAAAGAGAACAGGAUGCCCAUAUAAGUCAAAGGAAAAUGAGCCCAGGCCUUGCUAUGAAGCAAUGUGUGAGUGGACAAUGUUGAGUGAAUGUCUGGCUCAGUGAUGGGGAGCCAGGUUCAUCUUUCAAAUCUAGGGCUCUUCACUCAUGAAGCAGACUCCUAGUCCUGGAGUGACUGUGUACGAGAGUGUGGUUGUGGUGCUGUAUGUGAACGCAUGCAAGCUUGAUUCACCUUCAGGGGGCUAACAAACCUAGUAAAUCAUCAAAAUGAGAUCCUAAGUGUUAAUGUACACUGGACGUGAAAACAAAGACCGGUUUAGCAGCAGACAUUGGUUUACUCUGCAGCCUGUGUUUUCUAUUUUCCCUCUUCCCUUUUCUCACCUCCCUCCCUUUUUUUUAGUUUUUAUUUACUUUACUUAGUAUGGCUUUUUUUAGUUGCUUCUCAAGUCAGAAAACUUUUCAGGAAGGUUUCCCUGUGCAUUU